CAACGUUGUAGAGAAUUAUCCCCAUGUCACUACUUAGGGCAAAUAUUUAAAUAAAUCGGCUUCGAAAUAACUCAAUUUACCACAAUUUCGAUUUUAUAAUUCAUUAUUAAUAAAAUAAGGUUUUAUUAAUCGAAUUUUAAUGGGGAUGGUGCGUUUUUAAAGGGGUUUGGUGUGAAAUUUUGUUAUGGUGACUAACCUGCAUUACGUCAUUAUCCCGAAAUGAAAUGGUGUACGUGAACGGGCGUUGUAAAAUAAAAUAAAUAGGAUUUAUUGAUAAUUGCCGGCGUAAAUAAAAUUAUAAUCGAGUGCAAUUUUUACCCGGUUUUUAGUUUUUAGUGCUGUAAUUACUUAAGUAGCAAAAUGUCUGACAGAAGGGCAGAACUGGAAAGGAAAAAAGCAAAAUUGCAAGCAUUAAGGGAAGAGAAAGACCGAAGGCGAAGAGAAAAGGAACUCAAAGAUGUUGAGGAGGCGGCAAAUCGCACUAUUUUGGGAGGCGGAGGCGACAGAAAAGAACUGGACGAGAUGCUCAGCUCCCUUGGCGUUGCCCCCGUCUCCGACGUUCUUUCCAGCAUAUCCAGUGCUAAUUCCCUCACUCCAGAGCACAGUAUGAACCACACGCCCGAUACUUCCUUGCAACCUCACAGUCUACCCAACAAUGUGUUGGCAUCGAAGAAACGAUUGCCAUCGCUAACGGUGAAUGCUGUCCAAACAACAAAUAUUCCUCCCAAGGAAGUCGUACUUUACACCAAACAAACGCAAACCAACACCACGGGAGGUCACGAAAGAGACGGCUACAUGGAGGACUGGUGGAGGCCUCGCAAAGCUCAUGCAACCGAUUAUUACGACGAAUACAACCUAAAUCCGGGUUUAGAGUGGGAGGACGAGUUCACAGGCGAGGAAGACGAGGGCAGCUUACCGCACAUGGGCGGCUACGGGAGCAAGCUGCCGCCGGGAAUUUUACCGCACGGUCUCCCCCAAGUCAAGGAGGUGCAGCCGGCUCAGACGCAGCUCGAACAGGAGCAGAACAAGCAGGAAGUCAAAGAGGUUAAAGAACUGAGCGAGGAGCAGAAGCAGAUGAUCAUCCUUUCGGAGGAGUUCCAACACUUCAUGGACAGGGCGGGGCGCGUGAUGGAGCGCGCCAUCUGCGAGGCGGUCGACAUCUACACUGACUACAGCGGCGGCCCGGGCGAGGACGGCCAGGACGAAAAAUCCCACCAACGUCUCGCCCUGAACCGCUGCUUCUACGACGAGAGGUGGUCCAGGAACCGCGUGGUGACCUCGCUGGACUGGUCCACGCAGUUCCCGGAGCUGCUCCUGGCUUCCUACAACCACAACGAAGAGUCUCCCAACGAGCCGGACGGCGUGGUGCUGGUGUGGAACACGAAGUUCAAGAAGUCCACGCCCGAGUACGUUUUUCACUGUCAGAGCGGCGUGCUGUGCACGACUUUCGCGCGUUUCCAUCCCAACUUGAUUCUGGGCGGGACUUAUUCGGGACAGAUCGUGCUGUGGGACAACCGGGUGCAGAAGCGCACGCCCAUUCAACGGACGCCGCUGUCCGCGUCUGCGCACACGCACCCGGUGUACUGCAUGUCGGUGGUGGGUUCGCAGAACGCGCACAACCUGAUCAGCGUCUCGACGGACGGCAGGAUGUGCUCGUGGUCGCUGGACAUGCUGGGGCAGCCGCAGGAGAUCCUCGACCUGCACCGGAUGCAAUCGAAACCGGUCGCGGUCACCUGCCUCGACUUUCCUCACUCCGACAUCAACAACUUCGUCGUCGGCAGCGAGGAGGGCUCGGCCUAUUCCGCCUGUCGCCACGGAGCCAAAGCAGGUAUCUCGGAAACGUACGACGGGCACCAGGGCCCGGUGAUGGGGGUGUCCGUGAACGGCGUGCAGGGCGGCAUCGACUUCUCGCACAUGUUCCUCACCGCCUCCAUCGACUGGACGGUGAAGCUGUGGAGCCUGAAGGACUCGAAGCCUUUGUACUCGUUCGAGGACAACGGCGACUACGUGCUGGACGUGAAGUGGUCGCCCGCGCACCCCGCCAUGUUCGCCGCCGUCGACGGCAGCGGCCGGCUCGACCUGUGGAACCUCAACCAGGACACGGAGGUGCCCUCCGCAGGGGUGGUCGUCGAGGGCGGCCCGGCCCUGAACAAGGUGUCGUGGACGCCGAGCGGGCUGCACGUCACCGUGGGGGACAACCAGGGCAAGAUCUGGGUCUACGACGUGGCUGAGAAUUUCGCGCACCCCCGCCACGACGAGUGGAACAAAUUCCUGUACACGACGCAGGAACUGCGCAACAAUCAGGUGGACGACGAGCUGGAAAAACUCAACUAUUCCGUGUCCAGCACGGCACUGUCCUCCAUCUCCUCAGUGCCGCCCAUGCGAUAA